UUAAUUAACAACUAAAAGCUCUUAACUUGUAUCUCAAAAUGUUUGUUUCUGAAGUAUAAAAACAAAUCUGACUCUUUAGGAAACCGGCAUUCGCAAACUGGUAGUGAGUAAAAAACGUUAUAAAGAUCAUAGGUAUAAAAAAACAAGUGCUAUAAAAAAAUAUAAACAAAUAGAAAACAACAAACUAAUAAAUAAUAUGAAAAGUUUAUUACUCAUAUUAGCGGGUUUAAGUCUCGUGCAAUUAAGUCUAACACAAGUUUUAAAUGGUGGAGCUUGUAAUCAAAAUAUACCCACCGUCAAGAAUUUUGAUGCUUCCAGGUAUUUGGGCCGCUGGUAUGAAAAUCAAAAAUAUCCUUUCAUUUUCGAAUUGGGCGGUAAAUGCAUUUACGCCGAAUAUGGUUUGAUGGAAAAUAAAGAUCUUAGUAUUUACAAUUUUAACAUAAAUACACUAACCGGUAAACCUAAUGAUAUUAAAGGCUCGGCUAAGAUUGUGGGCAAUGCUAAGUUGAAGGUGAGAUUCAGUAGUAUGCCAGCUUUUAUUGGUGCUGCUGACUAUUGGAUUUUAGAUACAGACUAUGAUAACUAUGCUGUGGUUUAUUCAUGUACAGAUAUUGGUGGUCUAGUGAAUGGCAAGGUCGUUUGGAUUUUAACUCGUGAACGUGAACCUCAGCCCCAGUAUAUUGAACGAGCUAGAAGUGUUAUCAAGGAAAAUGGUCUAUCAUUGGGCCCCCUCUACAAAAACAGAUCAGAGUGGCUGUGAGAAGGGAUCAGGUUAUAAAUAAAUAAAGAUUAGAAACACAUGUGUAAAUAGUUAAAAACAAUUGUAAAAUGGUCUAGUUAGAAUAUAAAAUAAAAACUAUAUGAAUAAUUUUUUUUUAACAGUA